CAGCACAACACAUUUGGCUGGGACCAGCUGCUGCUCCACUCCUCGGCACUUGGAGCCAUUCUAAGCCGCCUGCACUGCAGCUGCCAUGACAAGCCAAAGCUCUUAAGCGGUGUGAAGAUCACCUGCGUGGUUGGCACUCUUGAGCCGACCCAGGAGAAGGCCUUGAACUCUUGGCAUUAUUAUUUGCGGUGCAUUUUAAUUACGCCGGCAGCAUGGAAAUGCUGACUUGGGCCAGACUUGGCCAGUUGGCCAGUUGCAUAAUGCAUCAUUCAGGCAGGGAGCGGUACCGGAGAUCGGCGAUCGGUGGUCGGAGGCGCGACUUCCCGUUUCGGUAGCGCCAGCAAUUGUCUCGAUGAUUUAUACAGGCAUUCCGCGUUGGCAGCUAUAAAUUGCUAAAUGGCCAUUACAGAAUUAAUUACACGACUGGCGGGAGGCUGGAACACCCGCUCCCUGGCUCCGUUGCUCUGUCAGUCCUAAUUGACCUUUUGAACAAUCAGCACACGCCUAGAACAUGAAUUAUUAUCUUGUAAAUUGUCACGUAUUAGCCGUGCAAGAGCGAUAUGCAAAGCAGAACCAGAGCAAUGUCCAUGUAACUUUAAAGAUAUUGAAUUACAUUGGCGUCGACAUUACCAGAAAGCCCAAGCUGGACAAAAUGUGUGAAUAAAAUAAGUAAAUUAACUUUACAAACAAGAAAUACCCAAGAUAAAGCAAUUGAUUCUUGCAAGUACAUACUUAAACAACUUACCGAAAGGCAUCAUUAAUGUGAUUUAUUAACUGGUAAUUUCCUGCUCACUCAUUAAAUCAGCAAGAAAUGGAAAUUAUUCGCACGGCUUUAUCUUAACUGUUAUUAAAUAUGGACAGGCCAUAUACUAGCCAGCUUUAGAAUCAAUAAACGUCGAGUUUCCUCAAGUAUUCCCACGUACUCUUGAGCUUUCUCAUAACAAUCAGCAUAAACAUACCAGAAGCAAAUUAAUAAGGAAAAUUCUUUUAAAAAGAUAACUAUAAAAAGUGCCCUCACAUAAUUUAGCCCAACAAUUUGCUUUGAAAUUUCAACUUAAAACUGCCAAAUAGUCAAUAAAUUUGUGGUUCGAUGACUGCUUUUGGUGCGGUGUUAUUUAAUAUGGAAAUUAUUAGCGUGUGGAUAAAGCCCUUACAAGCUAAAAAUAUGGCAAAACAGAAAUACCUUAUAAUUUCGAUUAUUCUUCUUUAAAUUUCGAUUUCCUAGUGAGUUAUUGACAUGCCAAAAGCUUUUCCAACACUCAACCAGUGACAGGUGGAAAAUAUUCUACCUUAUAGUGGAAAGACACCCCCAUCCCAUUUAGAGUAAAAAACCACCACCAUGAGCGUGUGGAGCGAGGGCAUCAGUCUCCCUGGCAACAUGGACACCAGUCCGCCGCAUGAAAAACGUAAACAAAAGCCAAAAAAGAACUCCAAAAAGAAGAAAUCCCAGAGUGCCAAAGAGAGCAAUUCAAAGCCCAUGGAGGCAAAAGCCACUGCCAGUUACUUUAGUUUGAGUAUCACGGGACAGAUAGUGUCCGCCACAUUUCCACUGGGUCCCGACAAGGAGUUCGUCUUCCUGCGCUACGAAUUGAUAGCGGGUCCCGACUGGCAGCUGGCCUCCGGGCCCCAGCACGGACUCACCCAACUGGCCACCAAUAAGAGCGGCCACUUCAACGAGCCGAUUGUCUUCAACAUGCCCAUCGAGGUGACCUACAGGAGCACCAGUCCCUAUGGCUGGCCCCAAAUCCUCGUCAGCGUCUUCGGGCGCAGUGGCCUGGGGCGCGAAAGAUUGCUGGGCUACGCCCACAUCCACCUUCCGGUGUUUGGUAGCCGUCGACCGGCUGAGCAAAUGGAGCAGCUGCAGACCCCCAUACUCAUGCCCAAGUGCCCCAAUAUGAUUGCAGAUGUGACCAGCUGGCUGCUGCGCCGUGAACCGGAGCUGAAGGAUCCGAAGGUGCUGCUGGACAACCUCAAGUGCAAGGGCCUGGCCAUGGAGUCCUACGGCAGCCUGGACUUCCAGCUAUCCUCGGUGAUGAGAGGAGCCCGCAAGCUGGGCUACCAUUGGCAUGCCUGAAGGGGCCUUAUGUGUGUGUCAAUAAAACGUGAAUUUGAAAAGCGUUUGUCUUAAUCUAAUUGGCUGGCGCAAGACGGAGUAGUAGGAGGAGGAGGAACAGAUGGGCCUGUGUUGAGUGGCUGCCUCAAACUUGACCUUGUCCAUGGUGGCCCUUCGGCGGCUUAGACGGCUCGGAAAUGACGCGCACUGCUUGUAAUCCGACG